UCCAGCGCCAUCCCGGGCGGCCGCGGGAACUCGGGAGUCCGUCGGGAACCCCCAACCCCGUCCUGACCGGGGGGACCCCGUGUCCAGGACAUCCCCAGACGGGACCCCACGUUCGGCGAGGGGACUCUGGAGCCCGGGACAUCCCCGAGGGGACCCCAGCAUCCGGUGGGGAGACUCCGGCCUCUGGGACACCCCCAGAGGGGACCCCGCACCCCGCGAGGGGACCCCGGAGCCCGGGAGACCCCCAGAGGGGGACCUUCGGCCUCGGGGCUUGGAGGGGGUGUGGGAGCCCCUUGAGAGGGGUCCAGGAGAGCCCCAAGAGGGCCCCAGACAUCUGGGACCCCCCCAUAGGGGACCCAGGCAUCUGGGACUCCUCCAAGCGUCCCAGGCCUCCGGGAGAACCCCCUGAGGGACCCCAGGGUCCAGGACCCCCCCCCCCGAGGGGUCCCCGGCAUCUGGCCCCGAGCUCUCGCCCCUCGGGGGGCCGGGGUCGGGGGUCCCGGGGGUCCCGCAGUCGGGGGUCGCCAUGUGGCGCUGGGGGAGGCUCUGGGUGGUGGCCCUGGCGGCGCUGGCGGCGCUAGGGGGGCGCGGGGGGGGCGCGGCCGUGGCCCGCGAGCGCUUCAAGGUGGUCUUCGCCCCCCUGAUCUGCCGGAGGACGUGUCUGAAGGGGCUGUGCCGGGACUCGUGUCAGCCCGGCUCCAACAUGACCCUGAUCGGAGAGAACGGGCACGCGGCCGACACCCUGACCGGGUCCGGCUUCAGAGUGGUGGUGUGUCCCCUGCCCUGCAUGAACGGGGGCCAGUGCAGCUCCCGUUCCCACUGCUGUGCCCCCAACUUCACCGGCCGCUUCUGCCAGGUCCCCGCGGGGGCGUUGCAGUUUAUGCCGUCCAGGUCAUCGCUGAUGGCCCUGGGGGGGCAGCGGCCCCCCCCGAGCCACCCUGGGGCAGCCCAUGGCGGGGGCACGGAGGGGGCACGGGGAGGGCACGUCAGCCACGCCACCUUUGUGGUGCCCCUGGGGCCUGGGCACCACUCGUCUGAAGCACAGGUGCCACCGCCACUGGUGAACGUGCGGGUCCAUCACCCCCCCGAGGCCUCGGUGCAGGUUCACCGGAUUGAACCACGGCCCCCCGAGGGGGCACCCCGGGGCAGCGGGGGGCUCCUGGCGCACCCCGCCCAGCCCCCCUCAGGCAGCAAACCCCCUGCGCCCCCCCGGCCCCACACCCACAAACCUCUGGGCCGCUGCUUCCAGGAGACCCUGCCCAAGCACUCGUGUGGCAGCAACCCCCUCCCGGGGCUCACCAAGCUCGAGGAUUGUUGUGGCAGCAUCGGCAGCGCUUGGGGCCAGAGCAAGUGUCACAAGUGCCCCCACCUGCAGGGGUCGGGGUCCCCGAAGGCGGCGCGGGGGGAGCGCGGGGGCGACUGCCCCCAGGGCUACAAACGGCUCAACAGCUCCCACUGCCAGGACAUUAACGAGUGUGCCCUGCCCGGUGUGUGCCAGCCCGGCGAGUGCCGCAACACCCAGGGCAGCUUCCGCUGCUCCUGCUCAGCCGGGCACGUCCUGGGACCCUCCCGGAGCCAGUGCCUGCCAGAGCCAGGUGAGGAACGGGGUCUGUGCUUCCGGCUGGUGUCGGGGGCACAGCAGUGCCAACACCCCCUGCCCACCCGCCUGACCCGCCGGACCUGCUGCUGCAGCGUGGGCAAGGCCUGGGGGGGCCGCUGCCAGCGCUGCCCCCCUGAUGGCACCGCUGCGUUCAAGGCCAUCUGCCCAGCGGGGAAGGGGUACCACGUCCUCACAUCCCACCAGACCCUCACGAUCCAGGGCGAGAGCGACUUCACCCUCCAUAUCCAACCCGACGGGACCCCAGAGCGGCCCCCCCGGCCACCCCCACCCAUCCCCAGCCCUGCGCCACCCGAGACGCCCUCGCCGUCAGCUGUGACCCCCCCGGCCAUGCUCCCGGCGUUCUUGAGCCCCUUGGAGGAGCAGGGCCUGGAGCAGCCCCCGGGGGGCAGCGACCUCCCCCGGUACCCUGCGCUGGUGGCCCGACCCACGCCGGCCCCGCUGUGGCAGCUGCCCCCGGAGCAGCUGACCCGCAGUGCCGCCGAGAUCGCGCCCACCCAGGUCACCGAGACGGACGAGUGCAAACUGAACCGGAACAUCUGUGGCCCCGGAGAGUGUGUGAUGGGCCCGGGGGGGUACAGCUGCCUCUGCUUCCCGGGGUACCGCUGGCACCCCCAGCGCCGCUACUGCACCGAUGUGAACGAGUGUGAGGCUGAGCCAUGCGGCGCCGGGCGCGGUGUCUGCAUGAACACGGGUGGCUCCUACACGUGUCACUGUCACCGGGGGUUCCAGCUGCGCCUGCACAAGGGGCUGCGCACCUGCGCAGACAUCGAUGAAUGCGCCAAGGGUGACGUGUGCGGGGACGGCGGCACCUGCACCAAUGUCCCCGGGCACUACAAGUGCGAGUGUCAUCCGGGGUACCGGCGAAAGGGCUCCCGGCCCCCCCUCUGCGAAGAUAUCAACGAGUGCCUGGAUGUGGGGACAUGCCCCGAGGCCAAGUGUGAGAACCAGCCUGGGGGGUUCGUGUGCACCCCCUGCCCCCCUGGUUUCCGUGGCCUCAAUGGCGCCUGCCUCGAUGUGAACGAGUGCGAGGCAGGAGGGCUCUGCCCCGGGGGUGGCUGUGUCAACACCCCCGGCUCCUACAAGUGCCAGUGCCCCCCUGGGCUGCAGCCGGCGCGGGACCCCCCCCGCUGCCAAGACAUCGAUGAGUGUGAGUUCGCAGCCGCGUGUGUGGGCGGUGACUGCGUGAACACGGUGGGGUCUUACCGGUGCCUGUGCCCCCCUGGGUACACGCUACUGCACGGCCGCCGCUGCCAGGACAUUGACGAGUGUGCGCUGGACCCCGGGCUGUGCCCCCACCCCGGCACCUGCACCAACCUCGAGGGGUCGUUCAGCUGCCGCUGCCCCCCCGGCUACACCCCCGGCCCUGAUGGGCGCCGCUGCCUCCCUCGGGAGCCCCCCGCCCCACGCAAGGAGUGUUACCUGAGCCUGGAGCUCCCCGUGUUCUGUGACGCCGUUUUGGGGACCAACGUCACACGGGGGGAGUGUUGCUGCUCCGUAGGGGCGGGGUGGGGGGACCUGUGCGAGGUGUACCCCUGCCCCCUGCCCUCCUCAGCCGAGUUUGUGGAGCUUUGUCCUGAUGGAAGAGGCUUCAUCCAGGAUGACAAUGGCCUUGACUACGGAGUCCCAGCACACCGGGACAUCGAUGAGUGCGGACUGUUCGGGGCCGAGAUCUGCAAGGGGGGGAAGUGCGUGAACACCCAGCCAGGCUACGAGUGUUACUGCAAGGCUGGGUUUGACUACGACAGCGCCCUGCGGCAGUGCCUGGACGUGGACGAGUGCCUGGACGAGUCGAACUGCGUGGACGGGGCGUGUGAGAACACGCGCGGCUCCUUCCGCUGCACCUGCGGGCCGGGAGCGCGGUACCACCCGGGGCUGCGGCGCUGCCUCCCCACCCCUGAGCCCGAGCGCCCCCCUGGCCCAGAGCGGCCCCCCCCGGAGCGGCGGGAUGUGUGCUGGCAGCGGCGGGGGGAUGAGGGGGUCUGUGGGGCGCCCUUUGCGGGGGGGGCCCUCACACUGGACGAGUGCUGCUGCCGGGGGGGGGCCGGCUGGGGCCCCCACUGCCGGCCCUGCCCCCCCCGACCCCCAGGCCUGCCCUGCCCCCCCUCGCAGAGUGAGAGCAAUUCCUUCUGGGACGUGAGCCCCCUCGGCCUGGAGGGGGCCCGCAGAGGUGACGACAGCUCCGAGGAAGACUCUGCUGAGUGUCCCUGUCCCGGGGGGGUCCCUGGUCGCUGCCUCCGGUCCCCCCGGGGACUCUGUGAGUGCCCCCCCGGCUUCCAGCCAGACCCCACCCGCACCCGCUGCCUCGACAUCGACGAGUGCCGGGACGCCCGGGGGGCCCCCCGCUGCCCCCGCGAGCGCUGCAUCAACACGAGCGGCUCCUUCCGCUGUGCCUGCAAAGCCGGGACUGCCCGGGCCCGGCCGGGGGGUCUCUGCCUCCCCCAGCGCCGCUGACCCCCCCCCCGAACUCCCUAGGACCACUCGGGGGGGCUCUGACUGCCCCAGCGCCGCUGACCCGCCCGGGGCCCCCCGGGAUCCCCUCGGCCCCCAAUAAAGGACGUGGCGGAA